CGCCACCGUCCAAGCUGAACUCAACAUUGAUCGCUUCCAUUGCUAGCGUAGUUGGUGUUGCGGUGUUCCUUGCAGUAACGAUGCUGGUCAGAAAGGCUUUGAACAGGCGGCGCGUGAAGGACUCAGCAGAAACGCCCGCCGCGCAACUGCUCCACGUCAAUGCUACCACAACGCAUGUAAGCCAGCUCUCGAGGCAGGGGUCGCUGGCAAUCAGCCCGGGCGAGCGCAAUUUUGAGACGUCGACACUAUCCGCUGUGGCAGGCAAACUCACGAACUCCCCCUUCGUGACUACAGACAUGGAAAACCUCUCGCAUCGAGGGUCAACGGUGGUCCCCGAGUUCUCCGAUGCGAGUCCGAAGCUCGAGGACGACGGCCGCACGGUUAUCAAUGUCUCGCCGCUGCCCGACGCAGAGCAGAUGCGGCAACAGGCACUGGCACAGAUGCUUGCUGAAGACCCGGCGCCCAUGUGGAGGCCGCGCGCACGCACCCGCUCUCGCUCUCGCAGAAGGCGUGCCGUCGAUGGCGGAGCGGAGAUGAAUGGGAACGGCGUACAACGGAAUGCCAGUCCUACGCCAACGACCAUCAGCACUGACGCGGAUACAGAGUACUCUAUCAGUGCGAGCACGCUUCCGCCUGCGUAUGAUCGAUACGAUUAGCCAGAAAGACAUUCUGAUCUUGGUAAUUUAUCACGUAUUUACUUGUACCUGUGCUUCGCUGUCAUCUCUCCGAGUCAUCGCUCUUUGAACUUCGCUCGUUACUAGACCCGGACACUUCGCAAAAACAUUUUGCCCACAAAUUAACUGCAGCCGUACUUUUAGUUUACUCGGAAUACCUCUUCGAUACACUGUAUGCGGUCGUAGUUAUGUAUUUUGUUCAAUAAGCAUUUACAUGUUCAUGACGCAGAU